AUGGCGAAUCCCGGUUGGCGCAUGCUUUUAAGGCUUCCACCCCUAAUCUAGGUAUCUUUAGAGGCGAGGCAAUUACUAUGGAUGAUGUGAAACAGCAGGUGUUUUAUCCAUCUUGCUAUCACAUGAACAAACUUGAAUGCUUCGCAAUAGGCUACGCCGCCGAGUAGACCUACACUUCACAUCUCAUGACUCCGACGCACGUAGCGUCUAGGUUUGAUUGAGGCCCUUGAACGUUUGAACCCUGUUACUUGUCAUAGUCAUAGUCUCUCAACAUCAAACUCUAAUGCUUGCCGUGAUCAACCCUUGUAACCCCACUGGCGCCUAUAUGGGCAUUGAGGAAUUGAAAGCAUACAUUUACCGGAGUGUGGAAGCGAAUUUGCCGUCCCUGGAUAGGACACUGGAAGACGCCAGUGAAAUUUCAGAACAACACCACGAUGAUUUUUAAGGAUCAGUUGAUGGCUGUUAAUCAUGGAGAUGUUGUUGAAUGAAGUUCUUACAACAAGAACUACCGAGGCGAAAUCUGCUCUGAAUCAAUAAUAAAGAUGACUCAAACGUGAGUUUUACAUCGUUCUCGCUUACUUACUUCCUUUUCCUAUAAUUGGCUUCUGAACGUCUGUUUAAGGGUAGGUUAAAGGUGCUUUUUUUACCGUUUGUUGUGGCUCUCCUAAGGGGGACAACCAUAACAAGCGGGAUAAACGAACACCAACACCGUACCUCUAAGUCUGAGCCUACCCCUAAGUCUGUAGUGCCAAAGACCCACCUUCGCUGUUCUUGUUGCUUCUAAGUCUAGAGUUGCUGCGUUUUGGUGGACGAAUCGAUGCAGUUAUGGCGCGGCAGUUGUUGGCGGGAGGACUCCUUAGUGUCGCAAGAGGCUUGGGUCCGGCACAUGUACGACUCGUUCAAGUGUUCCAUUUUCGUUAUACACAGUUGGACGAAAAUAUGGUCGUGUCCAGGUAUUCGUCUUGGGAGCAUCCUCUGUCCUACGAGCGCCCACUCGAUGAAGCUGAAGAAACACCAAGUGCCAUGGAGUCUUAACCUGUUACGAAGACUGUGACUAGCUAAGCACUCCAACAGUUUCGUGUUGCUAAACCGAAGGAAGGUACGACGGUAACCUUCUGAGUUAGGUGACCUAUUGAGAAGUUGUGUAUUCUACGUACAGUUAAGUUACGAAUCAAUACUAAUCAACAGAAUCUCAACACGAAUCAACAGAAUCUCAACGCUAAUCAACAGAAUCUCAACACUAAUGAACAGAACGCAGUCCUUCUCGUGUAGUGAAGACUAUUGACUGAUAGUUUGUUCAAUACGGUUUCCUAGCGACUAUACGGAAAGCUAGUUCUAAAUCACUGCGCCUUAGCGUUUCUAUCCGCUGCAGUUGCUGAUAAGGAAUAUCUCCAGCAAACAUGGACUCUGAAUCUAGUCUGGCGAGCCCGCACGAAGGAAGUCCUUUCUUAAGAACAUUCGAACUUGCUUGAGAAAAUAGCUUACUAUUACUUCAGAACGAUGGAGCUUUCUUACGAAUAUACAUCAUAGCUCACUUGAGAAUACCGAGAAUAGAUAACAUCUGCUAGUAGACUCUCUUAUUGAUUCUAUGGCUGUUGUUACAGUGGAAAAGCCCCAUUUAGUUCACCCUCUAAUUCGUUGAAGUGUUUCCAUCGUGGCGUUUUUAUGGAGAGGAAUGGCUUUCUUGGCUUUGGAUCGAUACGAAAGAUGCCAAGGUUGCAGCUGCCUGCGUGAAGUAUGCUAAAGCUCACGGCGUUCCGAUCCGAAAUUUAAGGCCCUGCAACCACUAUCUUUUCAUGUGGAUUCUGCUGAGUGGGGUAGUUGGUCUUCAUCUUAAAAGUACAUACUUAUGUUGUCAAGGGUGGUUGUAGCUGAGGGGAAGGGUGCUUGUAACUUCUGAGACUGAGGAGCAGUUGGUUCAGUGGCUUAGGCGUUGGCCUGUUCACUUAUCAAAGGGAAUGCUUCUACGGGAGGGAAGGGAAUCCACUCCCCCACGGAUAGUGAUUGACUGGCGUUAAGAGAUGGCGCUAUGGGCUACGACAAACCAACUUUCAUCCGUCUCGCUGUUCGUAGUCCUGACAAACAAGACGUGCUUUUUUCCGCACUACGUAUGGCAAAGAAAGAAUGCGGCGCUUAGAAGAGAAUUAAUAAUCACAUCAGUGAUAAACAGUGCAUCACCUCAAGCUAGGCGAAUUCAUUCAUUCAUUCAUACGGUAUAAGCAAUAAGAGAUACGUUGAGGCAAGUGGAUAAUGAUGAUGUGGCUGGUUUUUUCUACAACUUUCUUUCUCCUACCUCGCUUCUGACCUCUGUUCUGACCUGUCAAAAGAUCGAAGCAUUCGUAGGACAGUUCUUGGGGAACAACUUGAUAAAUAUCAUUUCUUUUUCUUACGAAGAGGUUUGUUCAUUGCUAAAGGUGGACCACGGUCUGAUCAGUGUUAGUCUCAUACUCUCGUGCGCAAGAAAGAUAGUGUUAUUAUCUUAUUGUGCAUCUAAAAGCUGUAUCACUCUGCUGAUUGAAUUGGAUUUUCACAGCUGCUGUGAGAUUACCGUUCAUAAAGAAAAAGAAGUGGUCUCUGAU